AUGGAGCAAGCCGGCGUUGAAAAGGGAGGGAAGCCCGAGGUGUUCGCCUCGAUCCUUGUCCUCAUGAAUACGUGGGGUUACGUGAACUCAUUUGGAACAUUUCAAGCGUACUACACGACAGAACUGUCUCGAUCACCAUCCGACGUGGCUUGGAUCGGAUCUUUUCAAGUCUUUCUCCUUUUCUUCAUCGGUAGCAUCGUUGGCCGACUCUGCGAUGCCGGCUAUGUAAGGCACCUAGUCGCGCUUGGCUCCGUGUUCCAGCUUGUAGGCAUAUUCGCUACCUCGGUCGCAACGAAGUAUUGGCAGGUGUUUCUUUGCCAGGGGCUCUGCGUCGGUCUCGGCAAUGGCCUCACGUUUUGCCCUUGCAUCUCUGUGCUGCCCACGUAUUUCACCAAGAAGAGAGGGAUUGCCAUCGGCAUCGCAUUCUGCGGAACAUCCAUCGGCGGACUUGUCUUUCCAACAAUGGUGAGGCAGUUGCUGCCAAAAAUUGGCUUUGGCCAGACUGUUCGUGCCAUUGGUUUCAUCCAGGUCGGGAACUUGUGCUUCAUGGGCGUUUACGUGCCCUUUUACUACGCUGCCUCAUAUAGCCGUGAUUCCUUGGGCAUGAAAUACACCGACAGCUUGAAUGUGCUCCUCAUCUUGAACGGGGUUGGCCUCGUCGGUCGCACGCUCCCCGCAUACUUGGCUGAUCACUUUGGACCAAUCAACGUUUUCAUCCCCACAUCCGCCAUUGCGUGCAUCUGUGUGUUUUGUUGGAUGGCCAUCCAUAGCGCCAAUGGUCUGUACGUGUGGGCCUCAAUCUUUGGCAUCGUAGCUGGCGGGGUCCAGGGAUUAUUUCCGACGGCGGUUAACAGCCUCACGCGCGAGAACGAGCUGGAUAAGAUGGGGUCAGGUCGGGAAUGA